GCGCGGAGCGCCACGGCGAAGCCUCGCGAGCAAGCGCGUCUCUGGAGCCGCCAGCGCGGAUCUCACAGCCAUCUGGAUGCAGCUUUCCCUGCGCUCCACACGUUUAUGGGUCGAGGGUUUUAAUUGAGGUCAAGCAUCACGGCGUCGUGCUUUCAGUCGCCAGCGAGCGCUGCUCCCAAUGUUUACUUCUCUGGCAUGUCUUCUCCAGCCAGGGGGAAGUAAAGCUGAACAACAGAGGAGACAUUUCUCUCGUUUAUUUAUUUAUUUAUUUUUUAGAAAAAGCCGUAGUAGAGGGACCCUUUUUUCCCCCCAUCCGCUGUACGGAAUAUGCACUAGCUAGUUUGAACUGUUAGUCCCCUGGUGAGGCUUUUGUCGACAACUGCGGCUCCUCUUCGGCUCCAUGAUGGCGAUGUUUCGGAGCUUUGUGUCGGCGAGCACCCAGUUUCGUCAGCAGCAGCAGCAGCAGUCCAGCAGCGGCCCCGGCCCGCUAGCAGCCCCCCCUGAGGCCGUAGAGAGCCAGUUCUCCUGUCCCAUCUGCUUAGAGGUUUACCACAAACCCGUCAGCAUCGCCAGCUGCGGACACACGUUCUGUGGGGAAUGUCUGCAGCCAUGUCUUCAGGUGGCCUCACCCCUCUGCCCUCUUUGUCGUGUGCCCUUUGACCCCAAAAAAGUGGAGCGCUCCUCCAAUGUGGAGAAACAGUUGGCCUCCUACAAAGCCCCCUGCAGAGGCUGCAGCAAAAAGGUGUCUCUGGUAAAGAUGAGGUCCCACAUUUCCUCGUGUUCCAAAGUACAAGAGCAGAUAGCCAACUGUCCCAAGUUUGUCCCUGUGGUCCCCACAUCCCAACCUAUACCAAGCAAUAUUCCAAACCGGUCGACAUUCGUAUGCCCGUUCUGUGGGGCCAGAAACUUGGACCAGCAGGAACUGGUGAAGCACUGUAUGGAAAACCACCGCAAUGAUCCCAACAAAGUGGUGUGCCCAGUGUGUUCAGCCAUGCCAUGGGAAGACCCCACCUAUAAGAGCUCCAACUUUCUGCAGCAUCUUCUUCACAGACACAAGUUCUCAUACGACACCUUUGUUGAUUACAGUAUUGAUGAAGAGGCAGCGCUUCAGGCGGCUCUGGCCCUGUCACUGGCUGAAAACUGACAUCAGACCCCGCUCUGUCCUCUCCACUCCUCUGCUGUUCUUCCACGGCAGAGCACCUUCAUUUUAUUCCAAAACAAAAGCAGCGUGACCGAUCCGAUCCUCACUGCGCCGUAUGAAUUGAGCGUUUUUGAGGACGGGCUGGACCGCAGGUCCGGAGUGGAUCCAAUUACCACCCAGGAAAAACUCAGACACCUUGACCGUUGCAAGCCCCCCCAUCUACGGUUUGGAAAGCAGUUCAUCAGAUCCCCUUUGGGCCACUGCAGCGUGAAGGGCUACCUCCUCAGAAAAAAAGUCUGUUUGUUUGUUGAAACCUGCUGCUGACUCUUAAGGCCUCCUCUGUGGUCCAGCUCCCCGACCACAUGCACCGAUCCACCAAGGUAGACACUGUGAGUAAGCUGGCCUCAGCUUCUGCUUCUGCACUGACCAGGGCGGAACCUUUGGCUGCCCCAUCAGCAAGAUCUAACGAGCAUCUGCACAAAUCCACGCAUCUCCUCAGAGACAAAACACUGGAGGUGAUUCUUCAGCAGCAUUGUCAGGCUGCACAAAAACUGGACUUUUUAUGUUGCUCGGAAGUGAGAAUAUUUCAGUAGACUUGCAUUUUAUCCCACGGAAUGCCCAUUCAUGUUGCUGUCCACAAUAUGCUUUACGGUCAUGAUCAGUGAUCAGUGCACCCACCACCCCACACUAACCUGAUAGUAGUUUUACAGGUUUGAUUAUGAGGCAGAGGCCUCGCAGUCAGUUACACAUUUCUUCUGUUUUUGCUUUUUUGUCUCAAUUAAAAGUUCCAGAUCAUUAUAAAAAUAUGUUGGACACGGAUAAUCUGAGUAAAUUCAAAAAGCUGUUUUAAAUGUUGAUUUCAAUCAUAAAGGAAAGAAAUUCCUUUAUGACUGAACCUGGACCCAUGUGGAGAAGUAACGGGUCCGGUUCUAAUUCUAAUGACUGCUUGGCAGAAUCAACUUCAAGUAUUUAUAAUAACUGGUAAUAAGUCUUCAACAUCACCACUGAGGAAUAGCAGCCCUCUCUACUUUGCAGAAAUAUUUUCGUUCAGCCAUGUUGAAGUGUUUAAAAUCAUACUACAGAAUCUGAAUUGGAUUUAAGGGGUCAGACUUUGGCUAGGCCGCCCCAAAACUUCCAUUGUUUUUGUUUUCCUAAUGUCUUUCUGAGGUUGCCUUGCUUCAGUACUUUGGAUCAUUUUUCGGCUGCAGAACUGAAGUGUGCUUGGGCUUAUGGUCCCGUACUGAUACCUGGAUAUUUUUCCUGUGGGAUUAGAGCUUAAAAGUCUUGAUUCUAUCAAUUAUGGAAAGUCAUCCAGGUCUUGAGGAAUCAGGCCAGCUCCAGAUUCUUUGGACUGCCCCUACCGUGUUUAACUGCCAUUACAAUAUUCUUAAUCUGAAAUGCUGUUGGUUUUAGACCAGAUGUAACUGGAUUCACACCUUCCAAAAAGUUCCACUUUUGUCUCAUCAGUUCACAAAAUAUUUUCCACAAAGUCUUGGGUUUCAUCCAGAUGUUUUCUGGUAAGACAGACCUUCAUGUUCUUUUGGAUCAGCAGUUGUUCUGACCUUUGAACUCUCCAGUGGAGGACAUUUUUGUUCAGUCUCUCUCUAAUUCUGUAGAAACACGAACUCUGACUUACACUGGUGUUUGUUUUUGCUCAUCCUCUUGAUCCAAAAUAGAAAUUUGUGUGAUGAUCUGAAACAUUUAAGAGUGUCAGAAAAGCAAAAUGAAAUAUAUAAACGGGGCAAAACCAUUUUCAUUGCUCUGUUUGUCAUUACGUUGUCCAAUGCUGACCACAGGAAGAAAUAGUCAGUGUUAGUCGUUUCUUCCCUGCCGUCCAGCAGAAAACUGGUGGUGAGUUAGUUGCAGUUAUUUUAGGACCAGGGCCAAAUUUGUCUUGAUGGAAUCUCAAAUAUUUUGGGGGGAAAGGUCCAUACGUGGUAUGUUCUGUAGAGUGGCUUUCAUCCAUUGUUUAGGCUGACUGUUGGACACUCCAGCAAUUUUCUGUAAACUGCCACAACUUAUACCCUCUGUCACCAGCGUAGGUCUGGACCUCUUAUUUGGUCCAGGUUCUAGAUCAGAGGUCUCAAACUCCAGUCCUCAAGGGCCGCUGUCCUGCAGUUUUGUAGAUGUGCCACAGGUACAAAACACUG